CGGAGCAGCAACCCGGAAGGACGGGGCGGGCAGGGGGUGCCCGUCGCUAUGGCCACAGCGACGGACCGCGCGGUGGGCUUUGGCCUGGUCGCCUUCAGCCUGGUGCUGUUCGCCUACUACACGCUGUGGAUCGUGGUGCUGCCCUUCAUCGACAGCGCCCACGCCAUCCACCGCUUCUUCCUGCCCAGGGAGUACGCCGUGAUCAUCCCCGUGGUGGCCGGGCUGCUGCUGCUGCUAUUUAUAGGCGUUUUUAUAAUGGUGGUGACGUGGAAGGGCAGGAAGCCUGCCAAGAAAUCGGAGUGAAGGCCGGCCCGGAGCUGAGGAGGAGGCCCCCGCCCUGCAGCGCCCCGGCCAGGACGAGGCUGCAGCACUGCGCGGCCGCCUCCUCGCAGCUCGCUCGCAGCCGCGGCGCCGAGCUGGCUGCUCUCCCUCCCCACAUUCCUUCCUGAGAAGCAGCAGCCUCGUGGAGUUUACGACUUACUGACCAAAAGGGAGCAAAGCUGACCGACGGGACUCGCCAGGAGAGGGCCCAGAGCUCCGGCUCUGAGCGAGCAGCUCCCCGGCUGGGGCUAGGGGCAGCCCCUGUGCUUUGGCCAUGCUGUGUGGGGGCUGCCGGGGCGCAGCCAGACCCCUCAGGUGCUUGGUAGUCCUUCCUCUCCGCUCCUGCUGCGUCCACUAGUUUGUUCCCUGUUUGUGUUUUUCUAACUUCA